AUGAUCACGUGCCAUUUCCCCGUGUCUGCUAAAGCCUUCGCCGUGGCUAAACCUAGACCAGAGGAAGCUCCGGUGAUCACUGCUGUGCCUUUUCUCUGUGUCUUCUUUUGCUCCGGCGAGGCUUCGUUAGAUGGAGGCGUUGCUGUGACGGUAGAGGAGGAUGAAGCGUGGGAAAGGCGACAAAAAGGGAACAAAGAACCGAGAUGUCAGCGGUCAAGUAGUUCCGCUCACGUAAUAGCUCAAUUGUCUAAUGAACCGGUGGUUGUAGCUACGGCUGUGGUUGGAACAAGAUCAUGGAUAGGAGGGCUCUUUACACGGUCCAGUAGACGUCAAGACAAGUCAAUCGACUACACUUUGUCUCCUCUUCAGGAGGAAAGACUUCAAAAGCUGCAAGAUCGUUUGCUUGUACCUUUUGAGGAGACACGUAUUGACCAUCAGGAAUCAUUAAAAGCAUUGUGGAAUGCUGCAUUUCCGAAUAUAAGUCUCACAGGCUUAGUAACAGAACAAUGGAAAGAUAUGGGAUGGCAAGGUCCCAAUCCAUCUACCGAUUUCAGGGGUUGUGGAUUUAUCGCUCUAGAGAAUUUGUUAUUUUCCGCAAGAACAUAUCCGGUUUGUUUCCGGAGGCUAUUACUGAAACAAAGAGGCGAGAGGGCAAAGUGGGAGUACCCUUUUGCGGUGGCCGGAAUCAAUAUCUCCUUCAUGCUGAUUCAAAUGCUCGAUUUACAAAACACUCCAAAGCCGAAAUGUCUUCCGGGAAUGAAUUUUCUCAAACUCUUAGAAGAAGACGAGAAUGCAUUCGAUGUACUGUAUUGUAUAUCAUUCGCGAUGAUGGAUGCUCAAUGGCUUGCGAUGCACGCUUCUUACAUGGAAUUCAAUGAAGUAUUGCAGGCGACACGGAAUCAGCUAGAGAGAGAGCUUUCUUUGGACGAUAUUCAUCGGAUUCAAGAUCUCCCUGCUUAUAAUCUCUUGUUCCAAUAGA